CAUUCUAGACACCUUCGUUAUGCAUAAUAUAUGACUCAUUUGUUGAUGAGUAGAACAUCAACUUCUACCAAGCUGUUAAGGGCAAUGGUCACUGAUGUCUUGUGGGAUUACAUGGAUUAAAGCCACCACAGAAGGAAGGAAACUUUAGAUCAAACUACAUAAAACUGGACUUUUCCACCAGACUGUCCUCAGCAACAGCAGGAGAAAACAUCCAACAUUACUUUAGAUACUGUCCUGUCUAAGAGGACCGGAUAUUGUGAGAAUAGAAUGUCUUUUCUGAGCGUGAGAGAGAUCAGCCCCAAGGUGCGGAGCAUUAAUCCAACAGAGCUGGAACCCUUGGUGAAACGAGCUGCACAGAUCAAAACAGAGCUCACACAGGGAGUGAGGAAGUCUUAUAAGGAUGUGAUAGAUGUCUGCUGGGGAGACCCACACAGAGGAGGGGUCAAACCCUUGACCUUUGUCCGACAGGUUCUUGCAGCCUGCAUGUACCCUCAGCUGAUCCACAGUGACAAACUGCCAGUCGAUGUUAGACGGAGGGCCCAAAGGCUGCUGGAUGUAUGUGAUGGGGAGAGUGUUGGCUCCUACACAGCCACUGCUGGAAUCCCUUACAUACGGUCUAAUCUGGCCAGGUUCAUCUCUCGACGAGACGGUGGUGUGCCGUCAUCCCCUGAAAAUAUCUUCCUGUCGUCUGGUUCUCAGAUUUCACUAACGCAUGUGUUGAAGCUGUUGAUCCACAAUCAGGCCUCACUCCCAAUAGGUGUCCUGACCCCUAUGUCCACCUACUCGACAUUUAAAAUGGCAGUGGAGGGGCUUGGUGGAGCUGUUAUUCCCUACUACCUAGAGGAGGAGCGUGGUUGGGAACUGCGGGUGGAGGAGUUACGUAGAGUGCUAAGGGAGUUUAAGGAUGUCUGCAAUCCAGUCGCCCUGUAUGUCAUCAACCCGGGCAACCCUACUGGUCAUGUUCAAAGCCGAACGUCAAUUGAAGAGGUGAUCCGAUUUGCUGCUGAGGAAAGGCUCUUCCUCAUGGCUGAUGAGGUGUAUCAGGACAGUAUUUUUGGGGAAGACACUGAGUUCGUCUCCUAUAAAAAGGUUCUGUCUGAGAUGGGACCUCCUCUCUCACACCAAGUGGAGCUAGCCUCCUUCCAUUCAGUAUCCAAAGGCUUUAUGGGAGAGUGUGGGCUACGAGGGGGGUAUGUAGAGCUGGUGAACCUUGACCCUGAAGUUAAGAAGUACAUCUACAACAUAUUCUUGACUGACUCCUCUCCGGCUGUGACUGGUCAGCUCGCCCUGGACCUCAUGGUUAAUCCUCCCAGACCAGGUGACCCCUCUUACCCGGUUUAUGCCCAGGAGAUCAAAACUAUCAAGGCCAUGCUGGUCCAUAACAUGAGUCGAGUCCUGGAGGUCCUGAACAACAUCCCAGGUAUCAGCUGUCAGCCAAUUACAGGAGGAGCCUUCAUACUGCCCCGAUUACAUCUACCCCAAGGAGCCGUCCGCAAGGCUGAGGAACUGGGAAUGCAGCCAGACCUGUGGUAUUGUAAACUACUCCUUGAGGAGGCAGGAGUGUGUGUGGGCCCAGGUUGUGAGUAUGGACAGAAGGAAGGCACCUACCACAUCAGACUGCGUGUCCUGACCCCAGUGGACACCAUGGAAGAAGUACUACGACGCCUGAAGAACUUCCACCUGAACUUCCUCAAAGAGUUUUCCUGAAAACUUGCUUCACUUAACUUUAUUAUAAACCAGUAAUUAAGAAUAUGUUUGACUUGGCAGACAGUAUGGAGAAUACAAAAACCAACAAGUAACCUUGUUUAUAACAU